AUGUCUAUCAGGAUAGCGCUCGAGAACCAGCCCGAGUUCUACACCAACCUCGACUCAGUCGCCGGCCGCGUCGUGCUGCACCUGAGUCGCCCGGAGCACAUUGGCGGCAUCAUCGUCAAGCUUGAGGGAGAAUCCAAGACGGCCCUGGGCUUGCCGCAGAACUACGAUGAACGAAACAGCAAUCCGCGCCCGCUGCUCCCGCCUGGAGGUGGACCGGGGAGCAUUGCUAGCGAGAAUCAUAAGAUUCUCUAUCAGGUAGCACAGGUCUUUCCCACCUACGAGGAAGACCUCGGAGGCAGUUCGGCCAUGAGCGGGAGCUACAUGGUCCAGGGCGGUCAGCACGAGUUUCCCUUCAGGUUUAAGCUGCCCAUCAACAACGCUUGCAGUGACCCGGUGGCCAUGUCCAAGAUUGGUGGAAUCGGCGGUAUGGGAGGCUUCGGCGCGGGCAUCGGACCCUUCGGACUCGGUGGGGCCAGGGUCAUGGACGGAAGUAAGCAGCUCUUUCUUCAGCACGUCACCAAGACUCUGCCUCCGUCCUUCACCGGAUUUCCUCGCCAAGCCGAGGUCCGCUACUACCUCAAAGUCACCAUUCAACGGCCUGGUUUUCUGAAGGAGAACUGGCGGUACCAGAUCGGCUUCAAGUUCAUGCCCAUCGAGCCGCCGCGGCCUCCCAAAACUUCGCAAGAGGCAUAUGCCCGCCGGCCCUUCACUUUCAAACCUCGGCCGCAAGGUCUGCAGAAGAAGAAGAGCUCACUCUUUGGUUCCAGUAAAGACGACAGCCCCAGCAAUAGUGACAACGUAGUCCCGCCCUCCAUCGAGCUCUCUGCACGUUUACCACAUCCCUCCAUCCUAACAUGCAAUCAGCCGCUGCCUCUCCGGCUCAUAGCCAAGAAGCUCAUCCCCUCGCAUGAACAAGUCUAUCUUACAUCGAUCCAAAUUGAGCUCAUCGGCAAGACCCACGUACGAUGCCACGACCUUUUUAACACGGAGGUGAGCAGAUGGGUCGUCGUGACGCAAACAGGCCUAAGCACACCCCUACUUGAUGAGCCGACCUCAGACGACCUGACCCACGAGUCCGUCAUCCCGGACGAGCUCUGGCGCAAUAUCCCGCUCCCCAACACCGUCGCUCCCAGCUUCGUGGCCUGCAACCUACAACGACACUACGAGCUAGAUAUCCAAUUGGGGCUUUGCUGGGGUAAGCCCCCUUCCACGCGGACAUUCUUGGGGUCGUCGAAGGACAACCCGGCAGCGCAGACCAUCUUCCUCCCGUUGCACUUCUCCAAGAUACAAGUGUACUCCGGCAUCGCGCCGCCACCGCAGCUCCUCGAGGCCCUUGCGCAACAGGCAAACCGCCCUGCACAGGCGACGAUGAACAGGCCACCGAGACUACCGCCACGCACGUCGCAGUCUGCGACUGUGACACCUACGAACGCGCAGAUGGGGCGUGGGCAGCAACAGCAGCAGCAACAGCAGCAACAGCACCCGCCUGCGGCGGCACCACAAUAUGAUCCAUUGUAUCCACCUCAGAUGGGUACACCGGGCGCCGCAUCGUUCGACGAUGCUCCGCCGAGCUAUGACGAGGCCAUGGCUGCGGGUGCGUCGGGGCCGGAGGAGAGGCCGGCAUAUAGCGGCGUUACGAACGAGAAUGCGCCGAGUCAGAUCCCGGAGAAGAGCUAG